AACAGGUGGCCGAUGGGAUGAGGAGGAGGUUGGGUGGUUGCUUGCGAGGGUCAUUUUUCUCAUCUACCGAAAGUAGCCACUGAGGCCGAGAAUGAAAAGCCUAAAUUGGAUGAGGGCCCAUGGACCUCAUAUUAUUAGCACCAUUCACCUUUUUUGCCAACGUUUGUUUACUUUUAAGUUUUAUUCACUCACCCCAUAACAAUAUUGAAUAUUCUAUAUCGAGCUAAAUAACCAAACAAAUAUGCAAAGUCUUGGUCCACUGCUGCCUCCCACCAAAGUCCUAACAUUUCUGUCGUGCUUAUAUAUAUCUCUCUCUCUCUCUCUCUCUCUCUCUCUCUAUCUCUCUCUCUCUCCAUAAAAAAUAAAAUAAAAUAAACCUCCCAAACUCUCAAGUCUCUUCUCCAUAAAAAAUAAAAUAAAAUAAACCUCCCAAACUCUCAAGUCUCUUAUCAAUGGCUUCUGCCACCAUAACAUUCCCAAUCGUCAUCACCACCGAGUCUCUAGACUCCCUCCUCUCUCACCAAACUCUGAUAAAUCAUUUCCAAUCUUCACUUCCCACAGUCUCAGCUUCUCUAUGUUCCCCAAUCCGCCAAAGCUACGACGUUUCACCCUCUUCCUCUCUCCUCCUCAUGCCCUCUUGGUCCUCCUCCCCUUCUCUUCCCUACUUAGGCGUCAAGCUCGUGACCUACUUCCCACAAAAUUCCGCGCUAAACUUACCCGGGGUGCACGCAAGUUACGUGCUUUUCAGCUCCACAACUGGGCAAACCUUGGCCACCAUGGACGGCACCGCACUGACCCUUUACAGGACUUCUUGUGUUUCUGCCUUGGCUUCGAGGAUUUUGUCCAGAAACGACAGCCAAGUCCUGGUGAUGAUCGGUGCAGGUGCUUUGGCACCUCAUUUGAUCAGAGCCCAUCUCGCGGCAAGGCCCAGUUUGAAGAAAGUGAUCAUAUGGAACCGAACAGUGGAAAAGGCCAGAAAUUUGGCUGAGAAAAUGCAAGAAAGUGUGGCAUUUGAAGGGGUCUGUUUCGAGAGCAAUGGAUGCUUGGAUGAGGUGGUUGGGAUGGGGGACAUCGUCAGCUGCGCGACGAAUUCGGAGGUGCCUCUUGUGAAGGGGAAGACGCUGAAGGCAGGGGCGCACUUGGACUUGGUUGGAUCUUUCAAGCACUCAAUGAAGGAGUGUGAUGACGAGGCGAUAAGGAGAGGGAGAGUGUUUGUUGAUAAUGAGGCUGCGUUGGUGGAGGCAGGGGAGCUGGUGGGUGCGUUUGAGAGAGGGGUGAUUGGGAAGGCAGAUGUUUGUGGGAUGCUGGUAGAGUUGAUCAAAGAAGACAAGGCUGGGAGAAGAAGCUGUGAGGAGAUUACUGUGUUCAAGUCAGUCGGUUCUGCAGUUGUGGAUAUUCUUGCAGCACAAUUGGUCUAUGAAACCCACAUGCGGCAAAAUCAGUAAUGCUUGCUUACACACAAAUCGAAUUUUACUUUUGAAGUUUUGAAUUCUGGUCUUUGUUCCUCAAUUUGUACUUUGAGAACAUAAUCAGUGAAUAAAAUGCAACACCAAAACUGUUUUAUUAUUA